UUUCCUCACUUCACGGCCGAAAGAUGCCUCCUGUGAAUAUUUCUGCUUUUCUUCUGACUCUUCUUCAACUCAUCAUGCUUCGAAGAAGAAUCAGAGUAAGAAGAGAAAGACAGAGAAGACUGAGACGUGCCGUCGUUGCUAUACUAGCAAGACGUAGCCAAACUUUCAGACAUCAAUCUCAGUACUGCCAAGUGAACCGCUGUGUACCAGUUCUGGCCAUGUGCUUCGAUGGCCAAAGUGACCUCCGUCCCGACUUCCGCCUCUCCAGACCCACCAUACUCCACCUGAUUGAGAUCCUGCGCUCACCAUCAGACCACGGCUGGGGAUUUGAUCUGGAGAUCCUCGUCUUUCUCUUUUGGUUGGCAAGUGCCACAUCUUAUCGGGUGGUUUCACGAGCCUUUGGCAUUCCCCGCUCAACAAUACAUGACAUUGUUCACAAAGUUUCAAAGACAGUCAACGGCCUAAAGAACAGGGUCAUCUGCUUGCCACCCCAGGAUGACCUGGCGAGGAUUGGAGCAGGCUUUGAAAACCUGGCAGGAUCUGCAGCUUUUAAUCAUGUUGUUGGCAGCAUUGAUGGCUGCCACAUUAGAAUUAAACCGCCAAGUCAUGAUGCUCAAUGUUAUUUUAAUAGAAAGUUGUUUUAUUCUGUUCAGAUGCAGGCUGUGUGUGACCACCAGUGUCAAUUUUUAGAUGUUUUUAUUGGGUACCCAGGGUCAGUGCAUGAUUCGAGGGUUUUAAAGAACAGCCCCCUCUUUGUUCAGAGCCUGUACCCACCUGAAGGAUACUGUCUUUUGGGUGAUGGGGGAUACCCCUGUCUGUCACAGCCCAUCACCCUGAUAACCCCCUACAGGGAGCCUGUGAGAGGGGCAGUGGAAGCCCGGUUUAACCGGCACCAUUCAAAGGCCCGUUCAAUUAUCGAGCGAGCCUUUGGCAUCAUGAAGGCCAGAUGGCGCUCAGUGUUUUUCAAGGCCCUUGAGGUGAGCCCUGUGUUCUCUGUGGAGGUGGUGGCGUGUUGUGCCAUCCUCCACAAUUUCUGCCUGAGGGAUGGAGACACAAUGGAGCCAGUGGAAGAGGCACUGAGGCCGGAUGAUGGGGACGGCCAGCUUCAGCCUGACUCGCAGUGUGGGGAGCGGCUGCGGGUACGCAUGGCUGCUGCCCUUUCAGCCCCGGUGGAAAAUCUGCCAGCUCUGGACGAUCAUGACUAUAUUUAGGACCAAAAUAAUCAAAAUUGUUAAGACGUCAAUUAAUGUAAAUAGUUAAUUAUUCAUAAGUGUUAAUAGUUGUAAAUAUGUAGUUAGAUUUAAGAUAGAGCAAAAUU